AUCAUGAGUUGUGGAAGUGUAGUAUUGAAUUGUACGUUUUAAGUAUCUAAGAAUCGAUGGUCUCAUUCGUGUCUGUGUGGAUUUGUGACCUUUGAUCAGCUCACUCGUGGCUGCUGAAGUAUUUCCCCUGUUCACACACUGAGUAAGCUUCAGGCCGAGACGUCAGCUGAGCGACUGCAGACUGAGUGUAAUGUAACGGACAUUCCUCUGCACCGCUGAAAACGCUGUCGGCUUCCAGCUUGUGAGGUCACGAGGAGCGGGAGGGUCACGUGACUCAUUCCUCAGUUUCAUCCCCUGCUGAGCAGCCUGACAUGAGGCCACUGUGGUGCAGCGGUCUCACUCUGCUCUGCUGGACUGGUCACCAGUUUGUCUGCACUGGAGCUGAGGGAGGAUGAAGCUGAUCAGUGAGCAGAGAGAUGAGGAUCCAGACUUCCAGCUCCUUAUGGCUGUAUAUGAUGAGAACAUCUUGAAGAAUCCUUUCUACUUGGCGCUGGAGAAGCAGAGACCGGAUCUCUGCAGCCGAGUGGCCGAGCUCCACGGCAUCGUUCUGGUGCCUUGUUGUGGAAGUUUGACCGUCAGCAGCUACUCGGACUCGCAGUUCGACAGCUAUGUUCUGCAGCCUGUGGAGGACGGAUACCAGACUGCGGAUGGAAAGGAGGUCAGGAUCCAGGACAGGCAGGUCCUGCUGGGAUCCGGCUUCCCGUCUCCGGCGUCGGUCCCCAUCCUGUUUGACGAAACCUUUUACAACGACCAGGAGCAGAGCUACAGCAUCCUGUGCAUCUCCAGGCCCGUGGAGGUGGACCCGAGCCCGGCCGAGCUCAGCCCGCCGCCCCCCUACUGCCUGAAGAGCGUGGACGACGUCAGGGAGUUUCUCGGCCGCCACGCUCAGAAACUGGACAAGUUCAUCCAGGGCUUCUGUCAGGGCUUCAGAGAGCAGGAGAGAAAGGGACUCCGACACCACAUAGACUCUGUGAACGGUCUUUACACUAAAUGUCUUCAGUGUCUGCUGAGAGACUCUCGUCUGAAACUUCUGGCGAAGCAGGAGCUUCAGAUGACUCUCCUCAAACAGGCAGUAGAGAUGUAUGUUCAUCAUGGUAUCCAUGAAUUAAUUUUUAACUUUGUGGGAACACUUGAAGCAAGUCAGGACGCCGCCUUCAACAAAACCAGCCGGAGUCUGCAGGAUCUGCAGCAGAAAGACUUGGGAGUCAAACCUGAGUUCAGUAUAAACUUGUCUCGGGCGAAGAGAGAGUUGAGUCAGCUCAACCAGCAGACCUCCCCCCUCCUCAAACUGCUCUGCCUGCGCAGAGUCGUCCUGACGGCCACCCAGACGCCCCGACGCACCGUCAGUAUCGAGGCGGUGUGUGCCGACGACCUGCUGUCCGUCAUCCUCUAUCUGCUGGUGAAGACGGAAAUCCCCAACUGGAUGGCAAACCUGAGCUACAUCAGGAACUUCUGCUUCAGCCACUCCAGUAAAGAUGAACUCAGCUACUGUCUGAGCACCUUCGAGGCGGCGGUGGAGUACAUCAACCUGGGGAGGCUGCAGGACACACACACUGGCUCAGGUGAGCUCAACGACAAGGCGUUGUUCAAAGAGAGGAUGAGCCUGCUGUCUCAGAGCGCUGCCACGCCCAUCCACUGUCUGUUUGAGCACAUAGCGAAUGGUAAUGAGGUGGAGGUGGAACGUCUGCUGAGUGAAGGAGAGAAAGACGAGGACGUCAGGAUGUGUCAUCCCCUCUGCUCCUGUGACGUCUGUGACCUCCAGCUGUCCGGGCGGUUGAACGACCCGUCCAUCGUCACACCGUUCUCCAGAGACGACCGAGGUUACACUCCGCUGCACGCUGCUGCCAUCUGUGGUCAGGCCCAGCUGAUCGACCUGCUGGUGUGUAAAGGAGCGCCGGUCAACGCUACAGACUACCACGCCCUCACCCCGCUUCACCUGGCCUGCCAGCGGGGAUACCAGGGAGUCACGCUGCUGCUGCUGCACUACAAGGCCAACACAGACGCUCAGGACAACAACGGCAACACGCCGCUGCACCUCGCCUGCAUGUACGGACACGAGGACUGUGUGAAGGCGUUGGUCUACUACGAUGUCCAAACGUGCCGUCUGGACCUGCAGAACGAUAAAGGCGACACGGCGCUGCACAUGGCGGCCCGCUGGGGCUACGAGGGAAUCAUCCAGGUGCUGCUGGAGAACGGAGCGAGCACCGACAUCCUCAACAAGAACAAAGACUCGCCGCUGCAGUGUGCGCUCAACUCCAAGAUCCUCAUGUUGUUGCAGUCGACUCAGAGCGGCCGUCAGCGCAGCGGCAGUGGAGUCGACUCUCCCAGUCGCUCCCCUCAUGCCUCUGACUGCAGCAGCCGUCGCUCCUCCAUCUCCAGCACUUCCUCUCUGGGCUCCGAGGCAAAACCAGAGGGAGAACGGGUCCGACACAGAGAGGUGGAGAAGCUGCUGCGUGCUGUAGCAGACGGUGACGUGGAGAUGGUGCGUUACCUGUUGGAGUGGAUGGAUGAAGAUGAGGAUGAUGAAGAAGACUUUCGGCCUGAUGCUCUGCUCUGCCACCCGCUGUGUCAGUGUCCAAACUGUGCUCCCACUCAGAAGCUGUCUGUUCUGCAGGCCGGCACUCUCGGCGUUAGCAGCUGUAACGUCGACGGUUACACGCCGCUCCACGUCGCCGCCCUGCACGGCCACUCGGCGCUGGCCGCCCUGCUGAUUCGCCACGGAGCCAACGUCAACGCCCGCACCAACCAGAGCGCCACACCGCUGCACCUGGCCACCCAGAACAGCCACAUCCAGGUUGUGAGGUUUCUGCUCGAGUGCAACGCCAAACUGAACAAGAAGGAUCACUAUGGCAACACUCCUCUGAUACACGCCUGUCUCUGUGGAAACGUAGAGACCGCCACCACCUUGUUACAGAGUAACGCGUUGGUGAACAUCGCAAACCUUCAGGGCAACACCGCCCUCCAUGAGGCGGUGCGGGGCGGACACCAGCCGCUGGUGGAGCUGCUGCUGAGGGGCGGAGCCUCGCCCGGCCUCAGGAACAAGAGGCAGAGGACGCCGCUGGACUGCGCCUACGAACUGGGCGGCAAGAACACGGAGAUCCUGAGAGCUCUGCAGAAAGCAUCCGGACUUUCCCCCGACGCCGAACCAAUCAAACUCCUGUCGGUGCCCAAAGGAGCUCUGGCUCACUCGUUCGUCCAGCGUCUGAGGCUGCAGGACCAAUCCAACGGCAGGCGACAGAAGCUGGCUCAGUCCAUCAGCAGGAUUCAGCAGAUGAAGAAAGGCUCUUCUGCUCCUCCGUCCAGGUGUUCAGCCGUGAACCAGGUGAAUCCUGACAGGAGGAGGUUGAGGCGAGGGGAGACGGUGGAGGUCAGCAGCCCCUCGGCGAGCCUCGACGCCGGGCCCCGGCUGAGAGAGCGGCCCCUGGGUCGCUGUCACACACUGGACUCAGGAGAACCGACGCCGGAGCAGCCUGAGCCGGCGCUCACGCUGCAACAGAGCGAUCGGACGGACGUCACGCACAAAACAAGUGAGAGCACUCUGUCAGCAGACGACACACAGCCGGACACCAGUGAAACACACUCCACUGACGACUGCAGCAGCGGCACUGAGACUCCGCCUUCCUCGCCCUCUAACGCACCAACACACCCGGACGAUCUGUCUGAACAGCCUCCUGCACACACGUCAACCGAUAACUCACACAGUCUCCAGCCUCUGAACGGACAGUUAGAGUCGUCCGAUGACCUGACUCACAGCGAGGCUCUGCGGCCAGAGAGCGAGCACGGAGACGCUUCUCCCACCGACCUCGCUGCCCUCCACCCGGCAGCCUCGACUGAUGGAGCUGAUCAGAGAGACACCAACCAAACACCAGAACGGAGCGAAGAGUCGAACUGUGGAGGGUGUGACUGACUUUGACAUGUUGUGAGAAGUUGUGUGAAGCGAUCAGAGGAGCAGUGAACUAAAACAUCACACAACUCCACAAAACUACAUUUCUGCCAAAAGGAAAAAAAAAAGAAAGCACACAGUUUGUGAUCAGACGCGAUUCUGCUGAAGCUGAAGACUCGUACUGUAGCUGACUUCUACCAACGGCUUACCAAACUUCUGUAAACUGUUUGACUUCUGCAGAAACAAUGCAGACACGGGAAACUACAACUUACACAGCUUACAAUACAAUAUAUUUUCUCACUUACUUCUUGUUUCAUCUAAACAUGCAGAUAGAUUUGCUUUAAACUAAAUGAUUGACAGGGUUGAUGAUAAAUUGUGAUCAGACGGAGCAGGUCCGACUGAUUUCUGCUGCGUUUACACCACAAACAGCAGCAGGAACGGGAGCUUUUCCUCCUCACACUGCGAGAACAAACAGCGUGUCGAUGAAUUCACCUCCGCUCUGACGUGUGUUCAGAGGCAUUUCUUCCUCACAAGUCUAAUGACGUAGAUUUGUUUCAGUGUGUUUCUGUCUUUGACCUCUACACAGCCGACGCCUCAGUCUGGCUCCAAAGCGAGAUCCGACCCGUCCUUCUCUUUUAAGUUACUUGGUUUCCAGCUGAGAUGAAGCACAUGAUUGGCUUUGGUGUUUUGUGUCAUGUCUAAUCCGUCCUGCACACAUUAUCUCAACACCUUCAGCAAAUAAGUGAGAAAAUUUGUUUGUAAUUUAGGUGUACUGGCCCUUUAAAGUCACAAAGAAUUACUAAAAGGAAGUUUUUCUGUGUCAGACAUCUUUUUAAAGGUUUGUUAUCUGAUUUCUGAAUGUUUUGACUGAUCCAUAACUUCCCUCCUGGUCACCGUCUCUUACAUCGCUUCACUUUGGAUCCCGUCACUGUAACUCAGCUCGUUAACUCAGCUGUGGAUCAGCUGAUGGAGAGAAAAUCACCUCAGAUCAAAACUGCUUCGGCUUUUUACCAGCUGACGUUUCACACUUUUGUUGAUUUAAAGGGAAAAGAGUAGAAAAGGAGGAAUCGUGACGUGAAAGAUAAUUUCCUACAUCAUGUUUCAUCCUGUUACAAUUCGAAUUCUACCGAAAUGUGAUGUCACGGUGACUUCAUCAGGUCGGACGUCGUCGGUAACGACUCUGACGGGUCUCCUGCGUCUCCUCCUCCUCUCACCUGAGUGUGAAGCACUUUCUUCUUCUUCUUCUCGCCUCCACAUAAAGGAAAAGGGAUGCAAACUGAUGUUACUUCACUUUGAUACUGAAUGAAUUUAGUUGCUUUAGUUUUAUUCGAAGCCACUCGACUGUAGCUCUGAUCGGAGCACCACACUUCAUUUGAAGAACAUGUUUUCUGUUUUGUUUUACUUGAAUUCUAGGCGUUGAUUUACAGCUCGGUUGAUUCGUUCUUUCUUCCUGUGUUAGUAUCGUCCUGCUCCUCUCACGCUUCUAUUAGGAUACAGUUAUUUUAUUAACGACCCUCGUUAGGGUGUCGCGUGUUCAGAGAGUUUCAGUGUCUCCUGAAUGUGUUUUGAAUGUGUUUUCUCCACAGACGUAGAGCAGGUUAAAGGAUCACACCGCUGAUUGAAAUGUUUUUGCCCAUUAAUUAAAAAUCUUAAUUUUUACAUCACUGCCAGCUUCAACCACUGAUCUCAGUUCAAUUCUGAAGAAAUGAACAUGCAGAGACUCCUGCAGAUCGAUGAUCAAUCACAGUUUAACAUCUGGUCUGAUGGGAGCAGAUUUCAAUCAUGUAUUAAUUGAUUUAACACGAAAGGUGCUUUACUGGAAUCUCCCGAACAAAGAACAAUAGCACAAACACUGAAAUAUACAUUAUGAUGAUAACAAAUAAUGAUUGGAAGGAUAUAAAAACUGUUUUUAAGAACAAUCUGACAGUGAAAAUGUCUGUCGACUUCACAAACAAUUUUUUUCAAUUUUUGUGUUUUGCAAAUUUGUGUCAUGUCUGCAGCCGGCUGUCACUCCUUUGUCCCAGCAUCCUUGAACGCACCAACAGGAAAAAAAAAAAACUACAAAGUCUGAAGUUCUGCAGACGAGAAGAAAAAACAACAGCAGAUAAAAUAACAAAGAAAAGUAAAACAACAUAGAACAUUGUGCGACAGAACAAGGUUUAAUUUAAGUAAAAUAAUAAAACCCAGAACUUUUAAGGAUUCAUCACUGGCUUUGUAUUAAAGAGUUUGUAGCCUGAAUGAUUUCAGCAGGUAUCCACUGAUCUUAGACAACAACCAGGCACAGACUUGUACGUUCCGUAUCCUUUAAAGACCAUUUAAAGCUUUAAAAGUGACGAGGAACAUUUUAAAUCCAAAAGGAAAUAAAACAGGCAGCCAGUGUAAGUCGGCCUGGUCAGGAGAAAUGUGCUCGAGUCAUUUAUAUUUGUCAGGAGUUUUAAAAAGUGACCGAAGAGGAAAAUGGUGGCAGAGAUGGUUAGAAAUCAAGACGAUCAUAAACCUGCAAACUCUUUCACUAAAACUGACGCUCGAUACAAACUGUGUGUUUUGUAGUUGUGACAUUUUAACUAUUUUCUGACGUUUUACAAACCAUUCAACAAUUAAAGAGGAAAAUCUGCAGUUUAAUUAAAAGUGAAAAUGCAUCUCGAGUUAGAAACCAAGUAAAAAGUCUCAAAGUUAUACUUCAGUAAAAAGUAGAUAUAAAGUGUUAAAAUGUGACUUAUUAAAAGUGAAAAUCCCCCGUACAACUAGUCCUCCAGUAAAAGUCUUAAAUUAUCUGAUAUUAAAUAAAGUAAAAGUAAACUAUACAUAGUUUUAGAUUUCAUAGUUGGUUGACUGAUUAUCAGAUCUGAUAUUCAGUCUCUCUCUGAUUAUCAUCGUUCAUCUUGAAGUCUGAUUUACGAUUGAAUUAAAUUAGUUUAAAAUGUGUUACUUAUGCUUGAUGCAGGAUGUAAUCUGCAAAGUAACUAGUAAUUAAAGUUAUCAAGUAAAUGUAUUGAGAGGAGUGUUCGCCUUCAAAAUGUAGUGAAGUGUAAAGCAGCAGAUGAUGUAUCACAGGAUAUAUUCAAGUACAUCAAAAUUGUACUUAGUCCAGUAUUUGAGUAAAUGUACUUGGUUACAUUCCAUCAUUGGUUUUAUAUAAUAGUUUACUGCAUUUUAACAUUAUCAGUAUAAUUAUUUCAUCCUCAUGUUGAUAUUUAUAUUGAAUUGAACGUAUUGAUCUCAGUAUUGAUGGUUCAGCUCUCUGCGAGUUGAAUUUUAAAGCACACUGACGUGAAUCGAUCGAUCGGCUGCCUGCAGGAUCAAUGUGAGAACAGAUUUAGCGGCAGUGAUGUAAAAACCAGCGUGAUCCUUUAACGUUAGAGGAUAUUUAAUCGUAUUUAACACAGCUGCCGUACUGUUCGACUGUCCCCAGUGUUCCUGUUCACACCUGUCACAUUCACACAGCUCACUUCCUGUUUGUGUUGGACUGCAGACCGUUUCAGGUCAAACUAAACCUUCAUGACCUCGUUGAUCCUUCCAUGUGUUUCCUCCCCGUCACACAAACUCGUCAGCAAAGCGCCGUCUUUGUGUCCCACACUGUCUGUUUACUUUUUAAGGAACAGUUCACCCAAAAAAAAUUUAACUUCACUCAUCCUCUCCUCCCUCCAUGCUGAUAUGAAGUCAGGUGACGUCUCCACAUAGUCCACAGAACAUUUUUUGGAGCUUCACAUUAAAACAGAGUUGCAGCGUUCUGCUAAACACCUGAAGUAGCUGAAGUCGAUUUUGGCUUAAUCCAAGUCUCUGGAAUCCCCCGAAUCCAGAAAUGAUUUGAAACGAUGUUAUUUACACACUUUAAAGCUCAAGUCUUCACUGUGGCUGCUCGAUUUAUGUGCACCACAUCUGAAGUGGGUGCACAAGCUCGACUGCACGUGGAGGGUGUGAAUGAUGGAGACUCAGAUUACGCUGGACGAGCUGAUGGAACCAUUUCGUAGUUGUUGGAACUUCACCUGACUUUCCAUCAGCGUCAUCACUCAUAAUGACUGAAUUCUCACUUUUGGCUUGAACUGUUCCUUUUAAGCCUGAAGGAUGUAGAACCCAAUCAGAAGUCUUGGUUAUUUUUGUAGCACUGUUUUUAAUUUCAGGUUUGGAUGUUUGAACAUGAUGUGAAUGUGCCUUAAUUUAAUUCACACCCAAAUAACCGAUAAUAAAUCUGUCAAUGAUUCAAAUUGUUUUAA